CAAUCUUCAUUCUUUUCGCAUCACUUUGUUGGUUUGCGCCCCGAAGUUAGCGCCUUGCUUCCACACCCAACUAGUCUCCCCAAUCCAAUUCAUACGACCUUCCUCGCCUUUCUGACGAGCAAUGGCGCCACAAGCAGCAGGCUUUCGCCUGCUGCUCGUUCCCUGCGUGCUAGUCCUAGUCCUCCAUUUCUGCCCUUCCCCUGUCGGCGCUACCCGUCAGCUGUUCCCGUCCCUGUACUCCAGCAAUGUAGACACAACCGAUCCCGUCGCAGAGUCGCAGGCCGUCGCCGGCGCGUCGCUCAUGAGCGACGUUCCGCCGGACAUGGUGCGCGCGGAGAUCCAGGCGACGCUGCAGUCGUUCGCGACGGCGCUGCACGCCAACAAGACGACGGACGCCGCGGCGAUCUUCGCGCCGGAGGUCUGGCUGCUGCCGCCGGGCAAGCAGCCGACGAACCUCUCGGACCCGGACAGCCAGGUGGCGUUCCUCGGCUCGCUCAAGGCGGCCGGGGCGCGCAUCGCGCUGACGAUCUCCGACAUGCUGCUGGCGAGGAGCGCGCGUCCCGCCUCGAGCCCCGCGGAGAACAGCGACGCGAGCAACGCGGCGACGAGCCUGGUGUACGUGGUGAUCAGCCCCAAGGGCAAGGUGGUCACCGUUGGCAAGGCCAUCGUCGUGUGGGCCGCCGGCAGUAAGGAGGUGGCGGACGUCGAGUCAGAUGAUGCUGCGGCGGGCGUGGAAGGGAAGAAGAAGAAGGGCGGCAAGUGGAAGCUCACGUGGGCCAUGUGGAACGACGACAUUGCCAAGAGUGACAAGGAGUUUGAUGCGCCGCUCUCGCGCUUCCUUUCCGCCGGCGCCUCCGCAUCCGCGGAAACCCCGCUCAACUGCGCGCGGAGGUCCGCGGAGGUUCGCUCCGCCGCGGGGGCGGCGGGCGCGGUGAUGGGAGGGGGGAGGGCGGCGGUGGUGCGGCAGCUGCAGCAGCAGGCGGAGGACCUGUCGGAGGCCGUGGCGAGCGGCGACUGCGCCACCAUCCAGGGCGCGCUGAGCCCCGAGAUCACCCUGCUGCCGCCGCACGAGCCGCCGCGCACGAUCACGCGGCUCGAGGCGAUGAAGCAGCUGUUCCAGGGUCUGGUGUACGAGGGUCUGACGCUCAACCUCACGGUGGACGACGCCAUUCCCUUCCGCCUCCUCAACCCCUCCCUCGCCGCCGCGCCCCCCGCGCUCGAUGAGGACUCCCGCGAGAUGCUCGGCAGCGACGCGGGCCGCGUGGCUCUGUCGCGCGGCACGUUCCUCCUCUCGAACGUCUCCAACGGCGACAUCUUAGCGCACGGAACUCUCAUGCUGCUCUGGACGCCUGUCUUCGACCCUUCCGUCUCCGCCGCCGCGCUUCCCCGCGACCCUCCCGCGCGCUUCGCCGUGCAGUGGAUCAUGUGGUCCGCCACUCCCGGCAAGCCGCCCGCGCCUCCCGCUCCGCCCUCCCUGCAUUCCCCCGCGCCGGAGGACCGCGCGGAGGCGCAAAACACCGCCGUUUUGCCAGAAGGCGCUAUAACUGGCGCAGCAUCGUCGGCGGCGCUACGGCCGGCGGAAACGCCGUUGCGCGAUCCUUCCCCCGAGGAGGUGCGGCCGUUCGUGCUGCGCAAGGUGCGCGACUUCCUCUCCGCGCUCGCCAUCAACGACUCCGCCGCCGCCGCCACCGUCUUCGCGCCCACCGCGGUAGUGCUGGAGCCGGGCAGCCCCGGGCAGGUCCUGGAGACGGACAACGCCAAGCGCGCGUUCGCGCAGCGGAUCGCGAACAAGCGACUCGAUAUAGAGCCGACGCUAACGGAGCUGGUGGUGGGGUCCACCGAGGAUCCGUCCUCGCUGGAGCGUGCCUUUAACGAGGCGGCGGCGGAGAGCGGGUUCGAGUUGGAGUCCGGCGCGCGUAACAACGACGUGCUUCUGCUGCUCACGCGCUUCGACUUCACGGCCAGCAAGGCCAGCGGCGGCGCCGCUCACACGGGCAAGGCCGUCGCCGUGUGGGUCGGAGUCGGGAAACUCCCGUUUGAAGCAGACUCGGUAGAAGCAACAGAGGGGCUGCAAUCGGAUCCCGUCAACUGGAAACUCUCUUGGCUCAUCUGGAAUUGCGACCCCGCCCCCACUCCCGCCUAUGGGGAAGUCUCCGCCGUCUCCGCAACCUCCGCCGCGCUGAUCUUUUCCUCCGAAGGCGUUCCGCCCGCCGUGCGCGACCCCAAGCCCGGGCCCGUGCGCGAGCAGCUGCAGGCGCGCCUGACGGCGCUGGCGGCGGCGCUGGCGCUGGGGGACGCUGAGACGGCGGAGGACGUGCUGGCGGAGGGGCCCGUGCUGGCGCUGCCCGCGGGGGGGCGCGAGACGCUGGCGGUGACCGCGGAGGAGAAGCGCGCGCUGCUGCAGUCCCUGGUGGCGCCCGACACUCUGCUCUCGCUGCCCAUCUCCGCGGUGCGCCUGGCGGACUUUGCCUUCCCCAAGCCCAAGCCCGCGCACCCCAACGAGGACCUGCUCUACGCGCUCUCCUGGGGGGACUAUUCCGCCUCCGCCAACGGCUCCGAGGCAGCAUCGGGUUCGUUGUUUCUGCUGUGGAAGCGCGAGCAGCGCAAGGCGAGCAACGGCAGCGCAGAGGUGGGCAGCAAGGACCAGUGGGUGUAUGGCAUCGCAUGGGCUGCAUGGACCUGCACCAAGCCAAAGACCCUGCACGCCCUUGCCGCUGCUGCUGCCGCUGCAGCUGCUGACGUUGCUGCCGCGUCGGUCCCUACCUCCCCAUCGCCUGUCCCUCUCUCUGUCCCGCAUCCCGAGGACGUGAGAGUGGAAUUCGCUUCGCUCCUCCCGCGCCUCUCGGCUGCCAUCUCGCUGGCGCAGGACAACGCCUCCUCCCUCCUACCCCUCGUCGCGCCGUGCCUCACGCUGCUGCCGCCGCACUCGGCCCUGCGGCCCGCGGUGUGCGGCGACGAGCGCGUGGGCGCGUUUGAGGCGUGGGCGGACACGAUAGUGCAGCUCAACCCCGUGGACGUGCAGGUCGUGGAGACAGUUCCGGGGAAGAAGGUUGGGGACGGCUGGGGGGUGGUGGAGAGUGAGGGAGGGGAGGGGUGGGUGGAGGAUGAGGUGGUGGUUGGUGGUGGUGGGAGAGUGGUUGGUGAUCCCAAAGGGCACCUUGCAGUGCUGGUGCGCGUGAGCUAUGUCAUUCUGUCGGCCGAUGGCUCGCAGCUGCUGGAUGCAGGCAAAGGCAUUCAGGUGUGGGAGCAGCAGCAGCAGCAGCAGGGGAAUUCGGUGGAGCGCGGAGGUGGUGGCGGCGGUGUAUGGGCGCUCACCACGUUUGCCUGGAACUCUGACGUGGCCUCUGCUGCUCUCACGCACUCGGCAGGGGCAGCGGCAGGGGCAGGGGUGGAGACACCACUGGAGUCCGCUGUGAAUGGGGGCGGGGAGGCGAAGCAGCUGCAGGCAGCGCUUGCAGUGGCAGCAGCAGCGGUGGGCAGUGGGAACGCCUCAGCGGUGCUGCGCCUGCUGGCGCCCUCUGGUGCUGCUGUUCUGCCGCCCCAUCGCCCACUCCUGUGGAUCGACGCCGGCUCACUAGACCAAGCACAGGCCGCCCUCGAGCCCCUGGCAUCGCUCUCGUGUGCGCCCAACACGUCGUUUGACUCCAUCGCUCUGCUGCGCUCCCUCGACGCCUCGCUCUCUGGGACCGCUGCUGUCUCUCCGCUGGCCAGCCACCACCACCAGGCCCUCGCACUCACCACGGGCAACUUCUCCUGCACACCCACACCUAAAAACUCUUCUCUGGCGGCCAAGGCACACUACGGCAGCUUCGUUGCACUGUGGGAGCAGAGCGCAGGCAAGGCAGCCAACACAGCAGCAGCAGCCUCUUCUCUGCACUCGGACAAGCGCCCCUGGCUCGUCAAGUGGGUGCUCUGGAGCAAUACUGCUGCUCCCCCUGCUCCAGCCCCGGCGCCUGCUGCUGCUGUGUCUGCCACUAUGCUCGAGACCCUCCUUGCCACUUCGUAAAUGGGGAUAAUUCGGGGAGGGUGAGGGUAAAGUGGACAGUAGUAUACGAGCAGCUAGAGAUGCUGGUGAGGAUAAUGCGGCAUGGGACGGUUGACUCUUGCUGUUUGACACAGCUGUAUAUCCCGACUCCCAUCUGAUGAAUAAUCUGGUAGACGUGUACAGUGCUGCUGCUCCAGCCUCUGGUGGUGUCAGUGGGCUUAGCUGUCAGUGGGCUAUGCUGUCAGCGGUCCGCUCUGCGUAUGCUAUGCAGGUGUAGUGGCUGGAUGGCGCGGCAGCAUCAGAUACCAGGUUGAAACUGCAACUGCAUGGUGCUAUGGUUCUUGUAACAGACCACAUCCUAUGGCUAGUUCUACAAUCUUAUAAAGUGAUAUUGUCAAGUUGAUGCAGCCAUAAUGAA